GCUCCAAGAUGUGGUGACAUCCAACAUAAGCAGCUGUCAAUCACGUUCUUCUAACAGGAAUCAUCUCGAUGGCUCUCUGCUCGCCUGGAACCAAAGGCCACAACAUGACGUCCCAGAUCCCAGCGCUCCCACAGCCGGACACCCCGAGGACUGACAGCGUCUUUUCCGUCCUGUCUGGGUUUUACUCUCUGGACUCUGGUGUCCCCGGGCUCUCCAAGGUCAUUCUCAACAAGCUCAACAUGAAGGACUACGGAGAAUACAGAGCUGCCGUUGAGGGAAAGGCCACAGGAAUAUCUUUCCGCAACUACAGGGAGAUGUUCAAGAAGAUGGAGGAGACCUUCGAGUUUUGCACCUGCUGCAACAAACUCCCAGCGCAUCUUACCGAGGGUCAGACCCUGAAGCGCUGCGUGAAGUGCUUGAAUGUGUACUACUGCACCAAAGACUGUCAGAAAAAGGACUGGCCUCAGCAUAAAAAGGUCUGCAGGAUGCUACGCCUGGUGGCAAUAGACAGACUAGUGGAGUGGCUGAUGUUCACUGGAGACCUCCCCCUACCCACGGGGAAGUGGUCCAAGCCCGCUGCCGAGGUGAAGAAUUGGGACAACUGGCUUCACAUGCAGGGGGACCUCGCACCACGUCUGGACGCCAUCUUGUCUGGUGCCAACAUGGAAACCCUUUGGAAGAACGCCAGCAGGCCGAGGCCGGAUGCCUCUGACCUGCAACAGUCUUUAUGGCGGAUUCAGAGCGAGUUCCUCUCCCGAGUUCUCACAGUUGGUAUGGCCGUGCGACACUUUGACCUUGACCCGUAUGCUAAACCGCUCACUAUUCACAUAGCAGGGGCUUCUCACAAUGAGACCAUGGCAGCCAGACUGACGGACUACGACGAGCUGAACAACAUGUUCCCUGAGCACCAGGGCAUAGAGAUAGUCAUGGUGGGACCAGAGGUGGUGGACGGCCCCAUCACGAGGCCUCCUCUCAGGGCGUUUGGCCCCAGGCAGAGAGUCUACAUCAGCGCCCACAAGGGCCUCUACCACCAGUUCUGGGAAGACGUGGUGGAGAAAGAGGAAGCAGCCCAGCCAGACCUGGUGGUUGGAUUUCAUCCAGGGUUCCACGCUAACCAGGGUCUGGUAGAAGGUUGGCUGCCCACCCUUCUGCUUCUCCGAGACUAUAACAUCCCUUCCUUCUUCACUAUGUACAGCGAGGCAGAGCUCAAGUCCUCACUCCAGAUCCUGUCGGAGUUGGAGAUGCACAUCAGGGACAGUGGGAGCAAUCCGUUCACCGCUCAGAAACCAGAGCAGGUCCAGUCUUGCCCAAACAAAACCCCAGUCUUCUGCAAUUCUCACUACAUCCGUUUCCAGGGAUUGCUGCUUCAAGAAGAAUUAGAGGACGAUUAA